UUGCCAUAGCAAGCGCUUCGAAAAUGACGAAUCAUUAAUUCCAGUUGAAGAAAGUUAUGGUCGUGGCCAGCAUAUGGCUCUGCAAUGUAUCGUAAAGCCCAAGAUGUGGUUGGGUCUUAAGCAGAUCCUGCUCUACGUGGGUCUCCUGCUCUGCGUCCUCCUUCAGGUGUGCAGGAGCAAGACCCAGCUACAAAUGUACUGCCCCACCGUUUGCCACUGCGAUCUCCACGCCCAACGAAAUCGGGCAAUAUGCAGUGCCAAGCGCUUGAUAAGCGCCAAUAUAGAAAUGCCAAAGACAGUUGAAUUGUUGGAUUUGAGUUACAAUGAUAUAACCAGCAUUGACGAUGACUCCUUCAAGACCACCAUUCACCUGCUAAACCUUACCCUAGCCCACAAUGCCAUUAGCACCUUGUAUGGCGAUGCCUUUGCGGAGCUGCAUCGCCUUCGGUAUCUGGAUCUUUCCUAUAACCGCCUGGAGCAAAUCGAUGAGCAUAUUCUGGAGGCUAAUGGCCAACUGAUUCACCUCAAUCUGGAGGGCAAUAAGCUGACCACCCUGGGCAGUGGUCCCAUAUUGAGGAGUCCUUCGCUUCGCUCACUCAAUCUGCGCAAUUCCCAGGUAAACCAAUUGGGAUUGGUACUCCUAAGUGCCCUGCCCCAACUACGCCAACUGGACUUGGCCCAGAACCUUCUGCUGACUCUAAGUCCUGGGGAUUUCCAUGCUCCUCGAUAUCUUGCCUCGCUAAAUGUGGAGGAAAAUCCCUUCAAUUGCGAUCGGGCUUUGGCCAAAGUGGCAACCGGAUUAAGGCAGCGUGGAGUGGCGCUCUUCAUGAGCGACUGCGUGGAGGAGGAGCAGGUGGAGUCGAAUCAAUCGGCGGAGAUGGUGGAAAUCAAGGAGACGGCCACCAUGAAGUUCGAGCGUAUGGAGCAUGUGGAGCCCAGUACCCAGGGACCUCAGUCUGUGCUGGAAAUCUGGCGGGAACUGGACUCCAGUGAGGAGGACAGCAGCGAUGAGGAGGAGGCCAACGGUCAGAUGUCCUCGCUCAGCGACGUUUGUGAGGGAAGUCGCGAGAAGCUGUGCCUGCGUUACCGCACCUGUUUGGAGCGUGUGAGCCACGAACUCCUGGCUGGCGGAAAUUCCAAGCUGGACGACAGCAUGGAACGCACACACACCUACGACGAGGAUGACCUUAAGCUGGCCUUCAUUGUGGGUGGAGCCACCGGCGUUUGCAUGGUCAUCUUUAUCAUCACCUUUGCCCUAUGUCUCAAGAGUUGCUGCGAGAUGCGCAAGAAAAAGAGCAACGAGGAGGUGACCGAUGGGGAUUCAGCCCCCCUGGACCCCUCCCAGGAGAACCUGCCCACCAUUCACACCUGGACGCCGCAGCGGUCACGUCAUCCAAGGCGCUCGAAUCCACAGCGCCCCCAUAGCUCCUCGUCGCGCGCCAUUGUCCGGCAGCCAUACGGACCGCAGGAUAACUUUGUGAACCGCCUGUUUGGUCGACCGGCAAGGAGUCAGUACUACCGGACCAUCAAUCAGAAUACAGCCACGCUCAUCCGGCGGUUGAGUCGGAGCAACCUCUUCAGCAGUCGGGAUCGGGAGCCGGUCACGCCAACCACGCCGGCACCAACUUCCACGACCCGAUUCUACACGGAUGUGGUGGAACGAGGAGCGGCCAGGCCGGAGACACCGCCUCCAAAUUAUGGGGACGUGGUGGUUAUCGAUAAUUGUGAUACGAGUAACAAGUGAUGUCGCCCCACCAAUUCGCCCUUUAUAGUUUUUAAGUAUAAUUUACCUCAUUUUAAAUAUUUUAAA